CCGGGGUCGGUAGUGUGCGCUGCGUGUGUGUUUAUGUGCGUGUGUGUGUUCGCGUGUGUGUGACGAUGAUGAUGGCGGAGUUGGUGCAGGGACAGGCCUCUGUGGCACAGCCCGGGAUGAAGGCGGACGGAUUCACGGACCCGUUUCACCGCGCGCGACAGAUUGCUAAAAUGGGAGGUGAGCAGAUGUCCCAUCUGAACAGCACGCCACCCGCAGUCGAUGCCUCUCUUUACGGCUAUGGAAGCCACAAACGCUCCCUGGAUGAGGGAGUGGCUAACCAGCUCGGUGCAAUGGUACAUCAAAGGGCUAUAAUAACAGAGGAUUAUAAAGUGCCUGAUAAAAUGGUUGGAUUCAUAAUUGGACGGGGAGGAGAACAGAUCACCAGAAUCCAGCUGGAGUCCAACUGUAAGAUCCAGAUCGCUGCUGACAGCGGAGGAAUGAUGGACAGACCCUGCACAUUGACUGGAACCCCAGAGAGUAUCGAGCAGGCGAAGAGAUUGUUGGGGCAAAUAGUGGACCGGUGUCGAAACGGACCGGGCUUCCAUAGCCAGAUGGAUGGGAACAGCGCCAUCCAGGAAAUCUUGAUCCCUGCCAGUAAAGUUGGUCUGGUCAUUGGGAAAGGAGGAGACACCAUCAAACAGCUUCAGGAGAGGACAGGCGUAAAAAUGAUUAUGAUUCAGGACGACCCGAUGCCCACUGGAUCUGACAAGCCCUUGAGAAUCACAGGAGAUCCUUAUAAAGUUCAGCAAGCGCGAGAGCUGGUCGCUGAGAUCAUCAGGGAUAAAGAGCAAGUGGAUUUCAGAGGAGGCCGCAGUGACUUUGGCUCCAGGAUGGGCAGCAGCAUCGAUGUUGCCGUGCCCAGGUUUGCCGUGGGUAUCGUCAUUGGCAGAAAUGGGGAGAUGAUUAAAAAGAUACAGAACGAUGCUGUUGUCAGGAUCCAGUUUAAACCAGAUGAUGGUAUCAGUCCAGACCGGAUUGCUCAGGUGAUGGGUCAACCUGACCGAUGUCAGCACGCCGUUCACCUCAUCAAUGAGCUGGUUCAAACAGCACAGGAGCGAGAUGGUUUUGGAGGUCAGGUUGGAUCAAGAGGUCGCGGUAGAGGUCGUGGGGAUUGGACUAUGGGCACACCUGGAGGAUUACAGGAAGUCACUUACACAAUACCUGCUGAUAAAUGUGGUCUGGUUAUUGGAAAAGGUGGUGAAACCAUUAAGAACAUCAACCAGCAGUCUGGAGCUCACGUGGAGCUUCAGAGAAAUCCUCCACCGAGCACCGACCCCAAUGUCCGUAUAUUCUCCAUCCGGGGAUCUCCUCAGCAGAUCGAGAUGGCCAGACAACUGAUAGAUGAGAAGAUCGGUGCUACUGGUAUGGGAGGAAACGGCAGUUUUGGGCUCAGUCCUUUUACCCAAGGACCAGCUACUCCUCAUCAGAACGGUCCGCAGACUUUCAUGACCGGAGGAUGGGGAACCACAUACCAACCAUGGCAGUCUCACGGCCAACAGGACCCCAGUCACAAUGGAUCCCAGACCGGUCAGCUGGACUACUCCAAAGCUUGGGAACAGUAUUAUAAAAAGCUAGGUCAACAGAACCAGGGCCAAAGCAGCGGACCGGACUACAGCAAAGCCUGGGAAGAGUAUUACAAGAAACAAACUCAAGCGGCCGGACCCGGAUCUCAGCAGAGUUCCCCUCCGGAUUACAGCGCUGCCUGGGUGGAGUACUACAGACAACAGGAGGCGUAUUACAGCCAGGGACAGACACAGGCUCCCGGCCUUCCGGAUCAUUAAACGGGACGACUCCAGACCCUUUAGUUGAAGAUUUUUGAAUCACUGCGAGGAGGAAACAGACCUUUUGUAACAGAGGUUUCUAGAUUUGCAACGCCUUGAAGACUUUUACUUUUUUCUUAGUAAGAAACACUAGCUGUAGAAUGACUUAUAUGAUUUAAAAAGAGAGAACUAUUUCUAAAUCAGGACGUAAAAUUGUUACUAAAUACUUGUGUACACCGUUGUUAUCCGAAUGGGCGAUUUCUGGGUUCCUUUUUGGACCGUUUCAGAGUUUGUUUUCUAUUCUUCCUUUUUAACUGAACUGCGUCAUCGCCAAAACGAACCCCGGAAUUGUAACAUUUCAUCAAUCGCGCAAUAUGAUCUAUUAUUUUUCUAGUCUCGUUGCAAUAAAAUGAUUGUGGGCUUAGCAGUCUUGAAUACGUUAUGGUUUUGUUUUUGUCAUGAAAUGUUUUAAGAAUGUGUACAAAAUGUGUUUUCUUUCUAUUUUUCUUUUACAUAAAUGCAUUUUAAUUCAGUGAUAUAAAAAACUGUGAUGAUGUUUUUGUUACAGAAAAAUAUAUUCUUUUGUUACGCAAAAACCAAUAUGUGUAAUGUUGUUGGCAAAUGACAGUUCCUGAUGUAAUUCCUCAUGUUCUUUGUAUUCUCUUUUCAUUGUCAUUUUAUUGUACUCUGGUUAACGAAAAGGUGCAAUAUCUUAUUUCAGUUUUGAAACAAAGAUAGAUUUCUCUAAUAUUUUGACAGAUGUCUAACUUGUAGUUCUUAGAGAUAUUUUUUUAGACGUAUGAAAAUGUAAUGGAUAAUUUUUUUAUUACCGUGAUUUGGCGGGGAAGCGGGGGGGGAACGUGCUCAUGCGUAUUUGUGAGGUUGUUUUUUUGCUGUCUUGUUAAACUAUGUAUGUGUGCUCGCUCAGAUACUUGACUAAAUACUUUAUUUAAAAUAUCUAUAUAUAUAUAUAUAUAUAAUUAAAUCAAAGAGUUUUUGUCCUUCAUUUUGCAGGAAAACGGUCCCUGUUUUCUGUUCUGUUUUCAUACUGAAAUUUGUCAAAGAUUGUGAAUGUGUAAUAAUUUGAAAUUUGAUGUUGCAUCUUGCUGUCGGAUGAGAGGUUUUAUGUAUGUUCUUUAAACUUAAACUUUAAAGCGUUCAAGACUGCUAAGCCCGUGAAAGCCUACCUGUGUAUUGAUUAAUUGUAGUUUUUUAUAUUCUGAGUAUUGGAUGAUCAAAGUUCUGUCUUAUUUGGUACCACCCACCCAGUUUCUCUGAAGCCCCAACCAGUACACGCCGUGGACAUCUGUACGGUCCCAAUCCAGUAACUUUUUAAUUCUGUUUUUUCUUUCUACUCUGUGUGAUCUAAUAUAUGUAUGAUUGAUUGAUUAGUUACAAAUUGAUCUAGUAUUAACUUCAUUGCUUAAUGAAAAGGGAUAUUAUAAUUUUGAAAUGUUUAAUUUUAGUGUUUUCUUUUCUUCCUCAUGUGUACAGGUAACUCGUGUAUUAAAACUUUCGAAAGACGACA